UGAGAGUUUUCUUGUGAGAAUGAUAGCUGCAUCUUAGGUGGAAAUGUGGAGCUGUGUUGCUGUGCAGGAGGGUCGGUAUGGAAGCCGAGCAGUCAAAAUGAUAGAAGUUAAUGGUUAUCCAUGAUCGCCCUUAUGCUGCAGAGUCAGUCACUCCUUCUUGGCUGCUUGGUGAAAAUGGAACUGGGCCCUUUAAAUUUCUCCUCAGCCAGCAUCAAGCUGGUUUGACCACUAGAGGGCGCAGCAUGCAGGUUGUCGGGAGCUCCGCACGUGGGACGCUGGCACGCUGGAGCUCCGUGUCCUCACUCCUCAGCCAGUUUGGCAGUGACCCUCUCAGGAGCCGCUACGAGGGACCUUACUGGCAGAUUUCCAGCUGUCUGCAGCUCAGGUCCUCCUGCAAUGCCAAGUGUGUCCUUCCGAUGUGAGCUGCAGCAUAGACAGGACACCGAUCGGCAUCUGGACUCGGCUGCUCCUGAAGCAUAGACAGGACACCCGUCGGCAUCUGGACUCAGCUGCUCCUGUCCCCAUGAAGCUGCUGCUGGAGCACGUGUUUCCCCAGGCACAGACUGUGUGGCACUAGUUUACCAAAGCCCCUUGGGGAACCUGAGUGGAAAAGACCCGCCACCUCUGCCUCUGCCAUGGCUGCCAAAACCAUCAUCAUAGACCAUGGGUCUGGCUUUCUGAAGUCUGGCUGGUCGGGGUGGAACUACCCCCAGCUGAUCAUUCCAAGCAUCGUGAACUACAUCCCCUGCCAGGAGAACCCCGGCCCCAGCUACGCCCAGAGACAGGUGAGCCUGGGCAUCGACCCCUGCAACCCUGACACCUUCAGCCACCCCAUCGAGCGUGGCCACGUCAUCAACUGGGAAGGCGUGGAGCACAUCUGGACCUGCGUGCUGCAGCACCACAAGGAGGAACUCGAGGACUGUCCUGUGAUGCUCACGGACUUCCCGCUGAAGGAGCCUGCAGCCCGCAAGAAGACCCUGGAGAUCAUGUUUGAGGUACUGGAAGUGCCGUCUCUGUUCCUGGCUGACCAGCUGGAGAUGUCCCUGUAUGCCUCAGGACUCCUUACUGGCGUGGUGGUCGACUCGGGCUAUGGCCUGACCCAAGUGGAGUCCUUCCUUCUGGGGUGCCCGCUGCCCAACAGCAAGCGGACUCUGGAGUUUGGCAGUGAGGACCUCUCCACUUACCUCUUCAAGAGCAUCUUUAAGGAAAAAUAUGACAAGCACAACCUUUCCCAGAUGGACUCUGUGGCCAUGAUACAGAUGAGGAAAUGCUAUGUGCCAAAUAGUCUACAGGAGCCACUAGACUUCAACCAGGACCUGUCCUGUGGCUCCAAUGAGGAAAACACCUUCUACCUCCCAGAUGGCAGCCCUGUGGAGCUGACACCCCUGGAGCUCAUGGCCCCUGAGAUGUUCUUUCACCCGCAGGUGUUCGGGCUGCAGGGCCCCAGCAUCUCCCAAGCCCUGGUGGAUUCCAUCGAGUCCUGUGAGGUCCUCUGGCAGAAAAUGCUCAUGUCCCACGUGGUGCCCUGUGGUGGGAACAGCCUGUACCCUGGCUUCACCGAGCGCCUGUCCCAGGAGCUGAACUCGGGUCACUCUCCCUACGAGGCCACCGUAUGGAUGAAUGAGAAAAGGCACUUCAGCGUGUGGCUGGGUGCCUCGGUGGUGGCCCACCUUUCUAGCUACAGGUCCCAGUGGAUGCCCAGGCAGGAGUAUCUGGAAAGCAUGAGGCUGUGACCCACUGACUGGCUCUUGUCACAUGGGCUCAGGGGACUGAUUUCAGCCAUAGAGUGGGGUGGGGUGCUGGCUGUGGAACCAGGAGGGCCAGAGGGAUUGUUUUAGGUUCAAGGUUACAUCUUAUGCCAAGAGUUGGAUCCAAGGAAGGACCAGUGUCGUCCCCAGAAUCCCUACAUGGUCAGUGCUUCCAGGGGGUGUCUUUAGGGUGAGAGUGGCUGUCUGUCACCUCCCUGCCUGACAGCCAUUUGGCUUUCACAGUCAUCUUCCUUGGGCUGUCGCAUCCUUGGUCAUUUGGGUUUUAACUGGGGAAGAGAAUGGGACCCUUUGCAAGAGUCCUGAUUAUUUUUGAGUGGGGGUUGGGAGGGAGGGUGGGGA